CAUUUCCCCCCACACACAGCCCCGCUGCCUUCCGCCAUCCCUCCUCCAUCCUCCAUCCCCCUGCGGCUCCUCCACCGCCGGGGUUUCGCCCUACAACGCCCCAGAAGGAGAGGGGAAGGGCGGCGGAACGCGAGGUGGGGGCUGCGGGGUGCGGGGGGAGCGCUUUGGGCGGCGGACGCGGCCCCGCAGGGAUGAGCGCGGCGGGGUCCAAGGUGCUCUGCCUGAAGAAGGGAAUGCUGCUAAAGCAGGUGUUUGCUCUUAGCAGAGCAGCAACACCCAGAGAAAGCCGUCUGUGUGCUGCAGGUGGUGCCCUCGUGAGUUGCCACAGACAGUACAAAUCCCGUCCUACACACGGCAUUGGGAAGUACAAACAUCUACUCUCGAAGGAGGCUCCAAAGAGGAAAAAGGAUAAAGUACAGAUGAAAGAGAUAGACGUUGGGACCGAAUACGAGUACGGAGAUGUCAAUAUCCAGAUGACUUCCUACGAUAUGUGCCUCGUGGAGCAUUUUGCUCAGUAUGUGCACAAACUCUGCAACCAGUUCUCCGUCAGAGUGAGCGAAAGCUACGCCAUGCCCACCAGAACCAACGAAGUGCUGUUCCUGGAAGAGCGAGGUUCCAAAAUGCAGGUGGACGCGGUCCUUACUACCCACCAGAGGGUUGUCCAGGUCAGCAGGUUGAGUUCAACGUUUGCUCCAAUACUUCUGGAAAUCAUUCAGAGUAACCAGCCGGAAGGGGUCCACCUGUCAGUGAAAGAGCACACGGAAGCUGACUUCAAGAGCCGAUUGAAGGCCCGACCCGAACUUGAGGAGCUGCUCGCGCAGAUGAGCUGAGAGGAGGAAGAACACCCCGUCCGUUUCAGAGGCAUCCCUGGGAACGCCAUGCUUCUCUCGAGCCUCCAGAAGGUGGCUUUACGAGCACCGCAUUGAUAAAUGUGUGACUUCAAAGAAAUUUCCACUGUUGUCAAGCAUCUUGUCUUAAUAAAGACAAUUUCAUGUGUUUAUAA